AUGUCGAGCAUCAAAACUGAAGUUGAUGUUAGAAAACAGUACAUUUGCAAAGUUCUUUAUGCUCUUUGCCACAAUGCUCGCUUUGGAGACAGUGACUCUGCUUCUACUUCUGAUCAUUUAGCUGUUGUACUUGGUCUGCCUUCUCUACAACAUUACACCAACGAAGGCAUUGAGUUCGAGUCCGGUAUUAGUUUCAUGACGCCUGGAGAAGGAGUUAGAGGCCCAAAGAAUGCUGAAAAUCAAAAUGAAGACAACAAACUACUUGGGGAUCAAUAUAUGGAAUCUGGAAAUAAACUUGGUACUGUUACUAAUAGAGAAAAUACUAGGCUGGUUGAUCAAAGCAGUGAAACUGCCGCUACUAUUUCUGCUGAAUCUGUUGAAGCUGGAACGGAUGCCGAUGCUGGGGAAAGUGUGAGACUAGGUGAUCAAAAUAAAGAAUCUAAGGCUGCUGAAUUUGCUGGACCUGCUGAGCAUACUGAUCAAAACAAAAAUUAUAUCUCUGCUAAAUCUGCUGCAUCUGAAACUGCUAAUAAGGCUCGACAACAAGAAUACAGUUUCAGUCAAAAGGAAAAAAGUGAAAAACAGAAUCCUGGAACUGCUGUCUAUAGUGAAAAUUUGAGACUAGUUGAUCAAAAUAAAGAAUUUGAGGUUGAUGAAUCUGCUGAAAUUGAUAGAACUGGAACUGCUACUAAUACUGAGCAGACUGUUAACAGAAUUAGUCGAAUGGAAAAUAAUGAGUCUAAGUGUGAUAAACACUUGCAACAACCACCUAGCAACAUCAGGGAGAGAUCGAGGGAAAAAAACCAAAAAAAGCAAAAACAGAAAACUUCCUCAGAAGAGAGCCAAAGUCUUGUUCAAACCAAUGUACAACUUAUCUGA